AUGGCUGGCUGGCGCGAAAACUCCCGACACCACGCCGCGCCACUCCGUUCCCCUCACAACUCCCGCGCCAAACUUCCUACCACGCGCAACGACAGCUACAAGUGUCGCGAGACCCUCCCAGCCGCCAAAACCGCGCGCUACCAAGCACAGCGAGAAGGGGCGCUCUCGCGAUACUACCAUCACACCCACCGCCUGCCGGGUCCUCCGCCCCGUCAACCCCUUCCACGCCACCACCCCCACCGCCUGCCGGGUCCUCCGCCCCGUCAACCCCUUCCAUGCCACCACCCCGUCAACCCCUUCCACGCCACCACCCUCACCGCCUGCCGGGUCCUCCGCCCCGUCAACCCCUUCCAGACCAUCACACCCACCGCCUGCCGGGUCCUCCGCCCCGUCAACCCCUUCCACGCCACCACCCCCACCGCCUGCCGGGUCCUCCGCCCCGUCAACCCCUUCCAGACCAUCACACCCACCACCUGCCGGGUCCUCCGCCCCGUCAACCCCUUCCACGCCACCACCCUCACCGCCUGCCGGGUCCUCCGCCCCGUCAACCCCUUCCACGCCACCACCCUCACCGCCUGCCGGGUCCUCCACCCCGUCAACCCCUUCCACGCCACCACCCCCAUCAACCCCUUCCACGCCACCACCCUCACUGCCUGCCGGGUCCUCCGCCCCGUCAACCCCUUCCACGCCACCACCCCCACCGCCUGCCGGGUCCUCCGCCCCGUCAACCCCUUCCACGCCACCACCCUCACCGCCUGCCGGGUCCUCCGCCCCGUCAACCCCUUCCAGACCAUCACCCCCACCGCCUGCCGGGUCCUCCGCCCCGUCAACCCAUUCCACGCCACCACCCCCACCGCCUGCCGGGUCCUCCGCCCCGUCAACCCCUUCCACGCCACCACCCCCGCCGCCGCCUGCCAAGUCCUCCACCCCGUCAACCCCUUCCACGCCACCACCCCCACCGCCUGCCGGGUCCUCCGCCCCGUCAACCCCUUCCAGACCAUCACACCCACCGCCUGCCGGGUCCUCCGCCCCGUCAACCCCUUCCACGCCACCACCCUCACCGCCUGCCGGGUCCUCCGCCCCGUCAACCCCUUCCACGCCACCACCCUCACCGCCUGCCGGGUCCUCCACCCCGUCAACCCCUUCCACGCCACCACCCCCAUCAACCCCUUCCACGCCACCACCCUCACCGCCUGCCGGGUCCUCCGCCCCGUCAACCCCUUCCACGCCACCACCCCCACCGCCUGCCGGGUCCUCCGCCCCGUCAACCCCUUCCACGCCACCACCCUCACCGCCUGCCGGGUCCUCCGCCCCGUCAACCCCUUCCAGACCAUCACACCCACCGCCUGCCGGGUCCUCCGCCCCGUCAACCCCUUCCACGCCACCACCCUCACCGCCUGCCGGGUCCUCCGCCCCGUCAACCCCUUCCACGCCACCACCCUCACCGCCUGCCGGGUCCUCCGCCCCGUCAACCCCUUCCACGCCACCACCCUCACCGCCUGCCGGGUCCUCCGCCCCGUCAACCCCUUCCACGCCACCACCCUCACCGCCUGCCGGGUCCUCCGCCCCGUCAACCCCUUCCACGCCAGCGCCCCCGCCGCCUGCCGGGUCCUCCGCCCCGUCAACCCCUUCCAGACCAUCACACCCCCCACCUGUCGGGUCCUCCACCCCGUCAACCCCUUCCACGCCACCACCCUCACCGCCUGCCGGGUCCUCCGCCCCGUCAACCCCUUCCACGCCACCGCCCCCGCCGCCUGCCGGGUCCUCCGCCCCGUCAACCCCUUCCAGACCAUCACACCCCCUACCUGUCGGGUCCUCCACCCCGUCAACCCCUUCCACGCCACCACCCUCACCGCCUGCCUGGUCCUCCGUCCCGUCAACCCCUUCCAUGCCGCCGCCCCCAGCAGGGUCCUUCGCCCAGUCAACCCCUUCCAGACCAUCACACCCCCCACCUGGUCACUGCCCAUUAAUCUUUUCCGCAUCACCACCCCUACUGUCAGCCAGAGCCAUCGCCCUAUUAACCCCUUCUACACCAUCAUCCCCACUGUCUCCCGGGUCCUCAGUCCCAUUACCCCCCUCCAUACCAUCAUCCCCACUGCCUGCCAGGGCUACCAUCCCAUUAACCCCUUCCACACCACCACCAACUCCACUGCCUGCUGA